AUGCCACCCCAAAUAACAGUCCAGGACCUCCCCAUCCCCUUACCCCCAGAUCAGAGCACACACAUCCUCGCCCUCCUCUCCCAGCACCUCCCGUACUCCCACCACGUCCUGCGCAGGCUCCAGUUCGCGCAGCACUCCCCCGCCGGCCGCACGCCCACGGCACACCUACUCUGGGUCACCACCACCACCACCACCACCACCACCACCAACAGCAGCGCCGGCGGCGACGACUUCGCCGCCGCCUACGUCGACCUCUCGCGGCACCCAGAGACGCAGGUCUUCCCCUACGCCACCACCGAGGACGGCCACCCGGGCACCUUACCGGCCCCGGCCCCGGCCGCGGACCUGCUCCUCGCCGUGAUGCGGCGCGUGCGCGGUAUCGCGCGGGCCGAGGGUGCGGGCCUGGGGGUCAUGUUCGGCUCGCUGCACGGGGGUCUGCGCGAGGCGGUGCUGCUGCGCGGCGGCAGCGGCGGCGGCGGCGGGGGGUUGCGGACGUCGUACACCAACGUCCAUGAGAAGUGGCUGCUGCCUCUGGGGGACCUGCCGUGGCCCGGGGCGGAGGAUGCGGUGCGGGAGUGGAUGGCGCGGGAGGGGAUGGGGUGGGGGGUCGUGGAGGGUGCGGAGGACUGCCGGCUUGUUAUCUCGAGGACGAGGAUCCCCAAGUCUGAGGCUACGUUGAUGACGCUGCCGAGUAUGUCUGUUCGACUGAAGGAUGGGACGAUGGUUGCUUGGGCGUUUAUGGGUGUCGACGGGACUCUAUCAACGCUACAUGUCGAAGAGCCGUACCGCGGCAAGGGCCUGGCCAAGGCACUGGCCGUGCGGAUUAUGAGGCAGCACCACCCGGCGUUCAGCGACGAUGGCUGGUGCGCCGCCGACGUGCACGUAGACAACAAGCAGAGCCAAGGCGUCUGCAAGAGCAUGGGAGGUUAUAUUGGUUGGAGAAACUCAUGGACGAGGUUUGAACUCGAUACGUUGUCUGAUGCCGUCUAG